AAUUAUUGUUGCUGAGUUGUUGUCGAAAGUCUGUGAAUUGGAGUGCCGGAGAAUGGUUGACGUCAUCCUGAGAUUUUAGUCUCCUCCUAGUGACAAACCGUGCCAUAACCUCCAACCCGGCGACUGGGUCUGUGUCAGGGAGUUCCGACGGAAAAACGCCCUGAAACCUCGCUGGUCUAAACCUCAACACGUCCUGCUCACCACCAACACCGCCGUCAAGUGUGAGGGGCGUCUAAUCUGGAUCCACGCAUCCCACUGCAAGAAAACAACUCCUCCGCCAUGCACCGGAAACCAGCUGGUACCAUCUUCUUCCUGGGGGUCUUCGUCCUCACCACCGUCGGAGCCAGUGAAAGAAACCACGCAGGCUCGGACAGCCCAGAAGUAGAUGAACUUCAACACCCCAGACUUCGACGACUGGCAGAGGAGCAGGGGAGCAGCGCAGGCCACAGAGGCCCAGAAGCAGAUGCAUUAUACACGCCAAAACACUCACAUCUGUCGCAGGAACAAAACAGACACCCUUGCAAACACCACAAACGAGACCUAACCGUUUACCAGGAGAAAAUAACUCCUAAAAUAUAUGAAACACAACCCUCAACAAACACAUACCUCCAACUGGCAAAAAUGGUUGCUGAAAAUAGCCCACACCCUGAUAACUGUUAUGUGUGUGGGUUCAUUCCACACAGCACAAAAGAAGGACUCCCAUUAAUGACUCUGCCCAUUACUUCAUGUGACACCUGUUACAUUUUGAACCUCAAUUCCUCUUAUGGGCAUUGCAAAUGUCACAAACCCCCCCAAAUGAGACAAAUGUAUUGUGAUAAAAUUCACACUAGCUGUUAUUCCUGCAGCACACCGAUUCCUCUCACCCUCACCAUGAUCCCAAAGACAUUAAAGUGGUGUGUUGAAGGCAAAGGAACUAUCCACCUAGGAAUAUCAAACUGUGACUCCACAUACUCUCCUUCUGAAGAACCGCUUGUUAAGCCUAAAACAAGCCAAAAUCCACUGCCCGAUUCCAUUAAAGAUUAUAACUACCUUGCUACAAUGGUUAAUCGCUGUUCCAUACCUCUACCAAAAGGUGUUUACUGGAUUUGUGGCAUGAAGGCUUACGAAUAUCUUCCAAACGAUUGGUCUGGUAUAUGUGGUCUGGGCCAUGUGGUACCAGCCAUGAGAAUCGUCGCUGUACCACCGAAAGUUCGCAUUGUUAAAAGAGAAUUGUACACUCACACCCAAACACCAUGGACAAGAUUUUUUGGUGCCCUCGUUCCAAAUUACGGAGUCAUGGCAGCUUUGGAUCAGAUAAGGGACCUAUCUCAUGCAGUUGAAGACUUAGCAAAUACCACAGCAAAGGGCAUGUCUAUGCUUUCACAAGAGAUGACUGCUGUAAGGAUGAUGGCCUUGCAAAAUCGUGCUGCAUUGGACUACUUAUUAGCUUCUCAAGGGGGAACUUGUGCUGUGAUUAAAACUGAAUGCUGUACCUUUAUACCUAACCACAAUGCCACCAUCCAAGAAAUAACAGAUCACUUGAAAAACAUUGCUAACACAUUACAUACACCUGUCACGACUAGUUUGUUUGGUUGGUUUAGAGAACAGUUAGGACACGUUGGUUACUUGAUAUUUGAAUUUGCUUUAUUGGGGUUUGUACUCCUAAUUGUUAUUUGGCUUCUGAUUACAUGUCUAAGGUUCACUUGCAAAAUAUGUAUGGCUCAAACUACUACUACAAUCAUGUACUCCACUGUAAUUCCACCUCUACCGUCAGUGGAGGAGGAAAAUUCAGACUUUCUGUUCAAAAUUGGGAUUGACUGUACUUAAGUGAAAAAAAAAAAAAAAAAAAAAAAAAAAAAAAUUGUGAAUUGUCGAGCCACAUUGUCAUGGGAAGCUCCAGCCCCUACCCCCUACAGGGCUUUGAACUGGACUCAAGAACUUUUGUUGAGACUCCAAUUUCCUACCCCAUGUGAAGGUCCCGACACCUCGGAAGUUGGCUCAAACAGACAACUGGACUCAACAACUUUUGUUGAGACUCCAAUUUCCUACCCCAUGUGAAGGUCCCGACACCUCGGAAGUUGGCUCAAACAGACAACUGGACUCAACAACUUUUGUUGAGACUCCAAUUUCCUACCCCAUGUGAAGGUCCCGACACCUCAGAAGUUGGUUCAAACAGAUUUGAAUCAACGAGAGCACCCUAUGGGGUGAUUUGGAGGUCUGUGACAGUCAUGACAAAUGUCUGAUAAUGACAUUUGGCCCGAGUCACAUCCGACUGUAAAUUACUUUUUGUCUCUCGCCUGAUUGGUGUAUUCUUGCUUUAACUUCUUGUAUAAGAAGCUUGUUCCAAUUUCACUCGGUGUCAGCCACCGAACCAGACACUGUCUGUAUCUGUCAGCUGAACGCCGGCUAGA